AUGCACCUCCACCACUUCACUCCCGCUGCCCUCCUCCUCUUCGCCCACCACGCCCUCUCCCACGGCCAUCCCAGCCACGACGCCGAAGGCGACCUAACCUGGUCCGAACGGCACAUGCAGGAGGAGCACCACAUCUACAACUUCGACUCGGGCGCCUUCUUCCACCUGCACGAUUUCGACAACAGCGGCACGUGGACGCGCGACGAGGUGCUGCGCUUCUACGGCCUGGAGCAGCCAGACAGCACCGCCAGCGAGGAGACGAAGCAGCAUGUGUGGGAGACGGUCGCGGACUUGAUUAACACCGGCAGACCCGACGGCGAGAUCACGAUGGCCGAGUUUCAGGCGUUUAUACAUGCGGGGAAUACACUCCCGGAUUUUGGCCUAGGCCCGGGACACCAUGGCGACCCGGAGUAUGAGUAUGAGAUUCACCAUUUUGAGAAGUACCAUAAUGAGGAUAGCACGGAGGAGGAGCUGAAUCAUCCGGAGGAUAUUGAGCAUUUUAGGACGCAUGAUGAGGAGGAGGAUGCGGAGAUUGCGCAGGCGAUCUUGGAGCAGAGUCCGAUCAUUGAGAAGAACAUUCCGAACAAGUUCCGGGCGCGGAGCUAG